GAGGCAGCUCGAUAUUAUCUCGUUUAUUUCGCUGACUAGGUUCUGCUCCGCGGUGCUCGAACCGUUGUGAAGAGGCAAAAGCCGAGCCGCCUUCCAGGGUGGAUAAGUGGAAAGGAAAAUACCUUGAAGUUUUCUCAACAUGGGGUGGUUAGAAGUAACUGCCAUAUUAUUUCUUCUAACUGCAAAUAUGUGUGUUAUCAAGUCUCAACCAAUGGCUUCUGAAUCUUACUCUGAUGUGGUCUUUCUGGUUGAUGGAUCUCGAAAUGUGGGACGAGCAGGAUUUCGUCACGUGCAGAACUUCAUUGUGAAGGUUGUUGAACAACUGAAUGUGGCAGUAAAUAAAUACAGAAUUGGACUUGCUCAAUUCAGUGGGGACGCGCGAACAGAGUUCUUACUGGAGAGAUUUCGGACAGAACAGGAGGUGUUGAGUUACUUACGGAGAGUUUAUAACUUCAAGGGUGGAGCAGCACUGAAAACAGGACGUGCCAUUGAAUAUAUGCAUAAAGAGUUCUUCAUUGAAUCUGCUGGAAGCCGAAAGAAUGCUAAAGUUCCUCAGUUUGCAAUAAUAAUCACUGCUGCUUCAUCGCAAGAUGAUGUUGAAAUAGCUGCCAGAGCUUUGAAAAGGGAUGGUGUGAAAGUUAUUUCCAUUGGUAUAGGGAGAGAAGACCGAGACGAUCUAGGAAAAAUGGCCUAUAUAAAAAAUGACAUAUUUAUGAUAAAAGUCAACAACUUUAAUGAACUUGUGCAGUCUGCCAUUGGACUGUCCACUACAAUCAAAACAAUGACACAGAAAGAGUUUGUACAUGAAGAACUCAAAGCACCAGCGGUGUGCCAAACUGCUUCAGUUGCUGAUGUUGCUUUCCUGGUAGAUGAAUCAAGCAGAAUUGGGGAAGCAAACUUUCAACUGAUCCGCAGAUUUCUAUACAAUUUUAUCAAGGUGCUUGAUAUUGGUUCAGAAAAAGUGCGAGUUGGUUUGGUUCAGUACAGCAAUGCUCCAAGAACACAGAUUCACUUCAUGACACUUCAAGACAAGGAAGAAAUUCUCAAGCACAUUGCAAAUACACCUUACAGGGGCGGAAGUGCAAACACAGGAGCUGCUAUUGACUUUCUCAAAGACAAUUACUUUCAGCCAAGAACAAGUGGCAGAGAAACAAAAGGGAUUCCUCAAAUUGCAAUCGUGGUUACUGAUGGAAACUCCAACGAUGGUGUCAGGAAUUCAGCUGCUGCCCUUCGCCGUCUCGGUGUUACAGUAUACGCUUUGGGAACUAAAAAUGCGAAUUUCAAUCAGCUAGCAAGCAUUGCCUCAUAUCCUCCAGAAAGUUUUGUUUCCCAUGUCGAAAAUUUUGAAAAUUUAACAUCGAUUGAAAACGUUCUCCAGAAGAAAAUUUGCAUUGAAAUUGUCAAAACUACUGAAGUAAAAGCUGAAAAAAUAACCCAGCUUCUCGAAGGUUGUAAAGAAACUGAAGAAGCCGACAUCUAUUUCCUGAUUGAUGGAUCAGGUAAUCUAGAUUCGGAUGACUUCAAAGACAUGAAAGAUUUCAUGCUUGAUAUAGUACGCAUAUUCCGCAUUGGCAAAGACAAAGUACGGAUUGGUGUUGUCCAGUAUGGAUCUACUACACAGACAGAAUUUGACGUCGGUAAAUAUGCAAGUAAAAAAGAAGUUGAAGAAGCUAUUGGAAAAAUCAGAUUGAUCGGAGGAACGAUCUCAAAGACGGGUCAAGCAUUGGUACAGAUGAAGGAACUCUUCAACAAAGCAGAUAAAACUCGUAAAAAUCGAGUACGCCGCUUCCUGAUCAUUGUCACUAAUAGAAAGUCAGAGGACGAUGUUUCAAGACCUGCUGCAGGAUUAAGGCAAAGGGGAGUCAAUGUUUAUGCUGUUGGUGUGGCUAAAGCUGAACGCAAUGAACUUCACCAGAUUGCAGGAGCACUUGAAAGAGUCUUUCACACAGCAAACUAUGAUGCUUUGAAAGAAAUAAAACAUAGGAUUAUACGGGAUAUGUGUGCUAAAGAAGUCUGCAGUAAACUUGAGGUGGCAGACAUCAUUUUUCUAAUCGAUGGUUCCAGAAGUAUAUGGAUUAUAGACUUUAACAAAAUGAAAAAGUUUAUCGAAACCUUGAUCAACUCAACUGAAGUCAGUGACACCAGAGUCCAAGUUGGUUUAAUACAGUUCAGCUCACAAACAAGAUUGGAAUUCCAACUCAAUCAAUACCAUGACAAAGCAGAACUACUGAACGCUGUUCGGAACGUUCAGCAGCUGAAUGAGCAGACAUGUACAGGCCGUGCAUUGAGAUUUACAGCUGAAUACUUUGAUAGCUCGAAAGGGGGUCGCCCAAAUGAGCGACAGUACCUUAUUGUGAUUACAGAUGGAGAGGCAGAGGAUGAGGUGUAUGAACCUGCCAAAGCCAUCAGGGACAAAGGGGUUAAUAUUUUUGCCAUCGGUAUCAUCAACGCUAAUAACACCCAGCUUGUGGAGAUUGCAGGUUCCCAAGACAAAGUUUAUCAUGUGGAAAACUUUGAUGCCCUAAAGGAUUUGGAUAAAUCGAUAUCAUUUGAAGUGUGCAGUCGAUCUGAAGAGUGCGGGAGGAUAGAAGUUGCAGACAUUGUCUUUGUUCUGGAUGGAUCAGACAGCAUAAGUAAACCUCAGUUUGACAGCAUGAAGAACUUCCUGAUGUCAGUCGUGAACCGUUCUGAAGUUGACAGGGAUAAUGUUCGCUUUGGUGCCAUUGUGUACGGAAACAAUCCACAGACCAUAUUCAGGCUGGACAGCUUCACGAGCAAAGCUGAAAUCAGAAGUGCACUUUGGGGAUUACAAAAGGAGACACGCGGACCUAGGUACACAGUGAAGGCUCUGAAACUCGCAAGGAACCUUCUGACUGAAGAGAAAGGUGGUCGAGGAAAAAGCAAUUCCACUGUGCCACAGUUCAUUAUUCUCAUCACUGAUGGAAAAGUCACAGAUUCAGAAGACAUACCGUCCUUAGCGAAUGAGCUCAAGAAAGACGGUGUUGAAGUCUACGCCAUUUGUGUAGCUGGUGCUAACAAACAAGAACUUCUGUCGAUCACACAAUUAGCAGACAAUUACUAUGAUGCUCCAGAUUUUGGUUAUUUGGAGCAGUUAUCCCCUAUAAUUUCUCAGUUGCUGUGUAAUGAAACAAAACCAGAAUGUGAACUCAAGAAAGCAGACAUUGUUUUCCUUCUGGAUGGCUCAGAGGUAGUAACAAGCGGUGACUUUGAGUCAAUGAAGAGCGGCUUGAAAGACUUUGUCAAGUUGUUUAAUGUUGGUGAAAAUCAUUUCCAGUUUGCUUUGGUCCAGUACGGUACAACACAGCGUUUUGAAUUCUACUUGACACAGUCUGAUUCGCAUGACGUGCUAAAAAGCAAGAUUGAUGAAAUCACUCAGAUUGGUGGGGAAACCGCCACUGGAGCCGCUUUGACAUUUGUGAACGCCCACCUCCAGAAAUUGGAGGGAAAUCGAAGAAAUGAAAAGGUGCCCCUCUACCUUUUAGUGAUUACAUCUGGGACAUCUGUUGACAGUGUAGUUACAGCAGCUGCUGAGUUGCACAAACAGAAUAUUCUAAUAUUUGCGCUCGGUAUUCAAAACGCAAAAGGCUCUGAGCUUCUGAAAAUUACUGGAUCACCACAGAGAAAACUGUUUAUUAAAGACAUUGGUGACUUAAGUAAAGUUAAAAGAAGAAUUGUUCGUAGUAUCUGUAUUCCCCAUCCUCCUCCACAAGACGAUCCAGCGUGUUCGAUAGACAUUGUUGUGGGAUUUGAUUUCUCAAGAAGGACUGGUUCAAAGAACAUAUUUGAUAGCCAACAAAAGCUAAAGUCAAAGCUUGGUCCAAUAUUACAGGAAAUUGCAUCCAUACAAUCGAUCAGCUGUGCAUCUGCUUCCAAGCUAAACAUCAAAAUGAGCUAUCACGUGAUAAGCAACACUGGCAAAUCUGUCUUUGAAGCUGGUUUUAAAGUUUAUGACCCAGACGUUUUAGAUAAGCUGCUCCAAACUCAAACAGAUGACGACAUUGAUCUGAAUGCAGGAAGUAUAAAAUCAUUUAUUGAUGCAUUCAAUGCAUCAACUUCAACAACAAAGGUGCUGAUAUUGUUCACAGAUGGAUUUGAUGACGGAGAAGUGGUUCUUAAACAAAGCUCAAAAGAAAUCAACACUAAAGGAAUCCAUGCACUCGUCACAGUGGCUCUGGAAGGUGCUGUCAAUGUGCAUGAGCUUCAUCACAUUGAGUUUGGAACUGGAUAUGGAUACAAACAACAGCUAUCAAUUGAAAUGAAGGAUAUUGGAAAAGCUUUGAUGAACCAAAUCAGGGCAGCCAUGGAAACAAAGUGUUGUGAUGUUUCAUGCACCUGCUUGGGAGAACCAGGUCCGAUCGGUGUGCAAGGGAUCAAAGGGCCGAAGGGACAAAGAGGUGCAAAGGGACUUCAAGGCUACCCAGGAGACGAGGGAGGACAAGGUGAGAGAGGUCCACAUGGAUAUAAUGGUACAGUUGGAGAUGAUGGAUGUCCAGGUGCUAAGGGCUUCACAGGAAGACGAGGUUAUCGAGGACAAAAGGGUAGUGAUGGAGACAUUGGCAUUGAUGGAAUAACUGGAGAGCAGGGAGAUUAUGGACUUGCUGGACCUGCUGGUGAAAAAGGCAUUCGUGGAAAACCGGGUAGAAAAGGCCAGAAAGGUAUUCUAGGUGAUCGUGGAGAGACCAGUUCGCGUGGAGACCCUGGCGAAUCUGGAGCAAGCAAUAAUGUCCAAGGUCAAAAGGGUGAAAGAGGAAACCCUGGCCAAGUGGGUGAUCCAGGUAAAAGUGGUAACCCGGGAAAACGUGGUGGUGUUGGAAAUCGUGGUCCUGUUGGUGGAAGGGGACAGAUGGGUGCACAGGGGCCUAAAGGAAGAGAUGGUGCUCCAGGCCCUCCAGGAGAUCCAGGAGUGCGAGGCAUACAGGGGACACCAGGAUCUCCUGGUACUCUGGGUCGAAAAGGAGAAGUGGGAACUCGAGGUCGGCAGGGUCCGACCGGAGAGCCAGGCCCUCUGGGAAUAGAUGGUGACAUUGGUCAUAAAGGGAAACAUGGUCAACCUGGAAAUCCUGGGGAGAAAGGCAUAGAAGGAGUAGAUGGACCUCGUGGCAUUAUGGGGCCAGAUGGCAAGAAUGCAUUUGGAUCCAAAGGAAUAAAAGGAAGAAAGGGAACACGUGGAAAUCCUGGAAAUGCUGGUCCACAGGGAGAGGAUGGAGAUCCUGGAUUCCCUGGUAAUGAAGGAUCAAAAGGAACAAGAGGUCGCAGGGGUAACAUGGGCGUUCCCGGUGAUCCUGGUGAGCCAGGCUCAAUUGGAGAUCCUGGAGAAACGGGCCAGAAAGGACCACCAGGUCAUGCAUUGGAAACGUCUUGUGGCCUUAUUGCAUAUAUACGAGAGAGCUGUCCUUGUUGUUCACAAAGAAAAGGAAAGUGCCCUGCAUACCCCACAGAGUUGGCAUUUGCUCUGGACAUGUCUGAGGAUGUAACACCAGCAAUAUUUAAACAGAUGAAGACCAUUGUAAUUAAUUUUCUCAAGGAUAUUAGCAUUGCUGAAAGUAACUGUCCCACAGGGGCUCGUGUCGCUGUUCUCACCUACAGUAACGUGGCAAGGCCUUUCAUUCGAUUUUCAGCCUUUAAGAAGAAACAGUUAAUGCUGAAAGAAUUAGAUGCACUCUCAUAUGAAAGAUCGAGUAACAGACGGAAUAUUGGCAGUGGUAUGGAAUUUGUUGCGAGAAAUACUUUUAAACGUGUACGUAACGGUGUCCUGGUGAAGAAAGUAGCUGUCUUCAUCACGAAUGGAGGAUCCCAAGACACUGAGGCCUUAGCCGCAGCUGCCACUCAGUUCUUUGCUUCGGGCAUCACUCCAGUCAUCAUCUCCUUUAAGAACAUCCCAGAGGUAGAACAAGCUUUUCCGAAUGCAGUGGUUGUAUUACCAAGACAGCAACAACGUUCCCAGGAGCUGUUACAACAAGUCUUUUUAUGUACACUUUGCUAUGAUGAGUGUAGCCCUGAUGACCAAUGUCCAAGAAGAACUGCCCCAUUGCUUAUUCCAGUAAGCCUGGACAUAGCUUUUGUUCAUGAUGACUUACGGCAAAUGGAACCUACACAAUCUGAAACAGUUCAGCAUUUCCUGAGCUCAAUGCUUAAUCAGUUUGUCAGCUCUGCAGAACCUAAAACCCCUGAUCUUCAUCCCCGGGUGGCUCUGGUACACCACACACCAAAUUACACACCAAAAUACGGGAAAGUUCCUUUUAACUUAGAGUUUGGAGUUUUGGAUUACACUGCAAAAACCCUAAAGAAGAGACACAUCCAUGACUCAUUUAAUCCGCUAGAGGGCGCCACUGGCAUUGACAGUACCAUUGAAUGGACCUUGAAAAAUUUCUUCUCAAAUCUCACAAGUCAGAGAAUUUACAAAGUUAUUUUUACAAUAUUUUCAGGGGAGACAAGCAUUGAUGAGAAGAAAUUACUGGAAAUAUCCCAAGAAGCCAAAUGUAAAGGUUUCACGAUAUUUGCACUGGCCCUUGGGGAGGUAUUUAAUGUCACAGUCCUGGAGGAGUUUGUCAGUUUUCCUUUUAAUCAACAUUUACUUCAUUUGGAUAGAGCCCCGGAGGCUGAAAUUGAAUACGCGCAAAAGUUUGCAGUGAGUUUUCUGAAUAAUCUGGCAACUGGAAUCAACAACUAUCCACCUCCAUCUCUAAAGAAGGAAUGUGAAGGAAUAAAUUCUGACAGUGCAGAAGAAGCAGAAAUAUUUCCUGUUACGCCCUUGAACACUUUGCAAGAUUUUGAAGAACAGAAAGAUGAUACCAAUAUUUAUGAUGAGUGCAUGCUGAAUCUUGAUGAAGGAGAUUGUUACAACUACAACCUAAAAUGGUACUUUGAUAAAAGUUCACGAGUCUGCAAGAAGUUUUGGUACGGUGGCUGUGGAGGAAACAAGAACAGAUUUGACACCCAUGAGGAGUGUGAAGCCUUGUGUCUAAAAUCAGCCUUGUAAAUGCUGGUUAUUUCAGAUAAACAUACUUGACACAAACAUAACAUUUCAGUGUGGCAUACCACUUCCUAUCUUUGUAUAGAAUACCUCAUUUACACUGAUACAUCCUGUUUAUACCUUUUAAACAUUUUUGAUAAUAAUUAAGAAUUAGAACUAUCCUGUUUACACUGUCUCUCAAUGCUGGACAGCUCCGGCAAAAUAUAGCCAUACCAACGUCCCAGGAAAAGAACGUUAUAAUGUAUAUUUUUCUUCUAUGAAUGUUUUUACACAAAUGAAAUGGAGAGGAAAGAUGGCAGCAGGGUCAUCCAGAAGUAAUGACAGAAUAUCUAAUGGGUUGCAAGAUUUUUAUUUUUGAAGUUACAAAUUUACAAACAAUUAAAAUCAAAUUAAAACAUGAGAGAAGUGAGAAGUCAAUUUCUCCGGUUAUUCCCCAUUCUCAGCUAUUUCUGUGGCCUGGAAGAAUUCUGGCUGGAUUCUAGACCGUAAUUGCUGGAGGAAAUGUGAGCACCGCAGAGGACUGCUGAGGGUUAAUGUGUCUGACUGCUGCUUGAGAACCUCAGCCUAAGAUCCUAAGUGCUUUCCAUUUCCCAAGAAAGGGGAAAGAUGAUUCAAAAACAAAACCUCUACUUGCAUGAGAAUGUUUUCUGCCUAUCCUGAAAAAAGGCGCUAGUGCCUGCAUUUGCCUCUGGGUCGCUGGCCGAGCAACCAUAACAUCAAAAUUAGGCAAAGUCUUCUUUUAUCCCGUUCAAAUUUUGACGCGAAGCCUAAAGGCUUAGUAUAUGCAGACCCAAAUGGCACUGGGAAGACCUAGGAAAUUGUCAGGCAGCUCCAUGCAAGUAGAGAUCCAAGUCUCCUAGUGCUUAUCCCCGAUGAGACGAAUGAAAGAUAAUUCAUCCUAUUCUCUAUUCAGCAGAGAAUUCUUUAAAUACAUAAAGUAUUGUGAUAAUGUGCCAAAUAGAUAGUCAGCUUUAUUUCCUGCUUUAUCAAUUGAGCAAUAAAAAAUUGUUUUUUUCGCAGCUGGCUACUUUGCAUUAUAAAAGCACCAGACUGAUUUGUGAAUAGUCUGCUGGUUACAAGCAAAGAGGUGGAAAUUAGAUAUUGGUUCAUAUUGAGCAAUUCAUAUUGGAAUGUUUCAUGUAUUAAUGCAAGUUGCAUAUAAAAUCAUUGUCGAAAUUAAAUGCCCCACCUUUUUUUGGUGGUCAUUGUUAUCCGUUGUCAUUUCAGCUUCCUGCCAUAAUUUAAGUUUAAGAUCAGAAUCUUCCAGAAGUUUAAUUUCUUUUGUGUAAAUUUUGUUUCUGUUAAUGAGAUAUUGGUUUUCAUUUGCUGACAUGCUUAAUUUAAUAUUAAAGGGGCAGUGAUGCAAACAUUUCAAAAGUGACUUUAUUUCACACCAUUUAACGAGAUUCUGUUCAAAGCGUAGCCCUGCUUCAAGUACAAAAUAUGAUGGAGAAUGAGUUACAUAUUUAGCAAAAUUUGACCCUAUGUGCAUGUAAAAAAAGAAGGGUCCUUGUUCAAAAGUCACUGAAAGCUAACAUGCAGGUGCAGCAAACAAUUCAGAAUGCAAAUGUCAGGUUAGUCUUUAUCACAAGUGGGUUUCAGUACAAAAGCAAAGAAAUCUUGACUCAGUCAUAUAGAACCAUGGUGAGACUAUACCUGGAGUCCCGUGUACAGUUCUGCUCCCCUUCCCUGAGGAAGGAUGUACUUGAAAUAGAGGGACGACAGUGGAGAUUCAUUAAACUGAUUCCUGGUUUGGUGGAACUGUCCCAUGGGGAAGAGUUUGAGGAAACUGAGCUUGUAUUCCUUGGAGUUUAGAAGAAUUAAAGGUGACCUCAUGGAAAUGUAUACAUUUUUUAAAGGGGUAAAUAGAGUAGAUGAAGAAAGGACAACCCCCCACCUUGCUGUGGGAUCUAGAACUCUGAGACACAAUCUCAGAAUAAAGACUGCCUAUAUAGAACUGAGUUGAGGAGGAACUUCUUGUCAAAUGAUGGUGAAUCUUUAGAAUUCUGCACAACAGAAGGCUGUGGAAACUCAUUCGUUAAGUUAGUUUGAGAGGGUUAGAUACAUUUCUAGUCACUAAUGACCUAAAGGAAAAUUGGGAUAGCUUGCGGAUGUGGCAUUAAGGUAGAUGGGUAGCCGCAAUUUGAUAUGGCAGAGAAGACUGAAGUGACUUCAGGGACAGUAUCUUCAAUUUCCAGGUUGAUACCCAUGGAGUCUGCUGUGUCUAGGAUUCUGCAGGCUCCCAGUGUACAUCUUCAGUCUGCACCACUCCAAUGACUAUUUGGCUGUCAGAAUAUCCGAUCCCUUUUGGACAAAAACACUUUCCAAUUUCUCACCUCUUUAAGAAAUACUCUCCACCUUUGAUCUUCCCACCAAAGUGAUUAACCUCAUACUUAUCCACUUCAUAUUUCAUCUGACAUUUGUAGCCCUCUCACUCAUCCUAUCUAAAUCCUUUUGCAUUGUCCCCACAGCUCUCACUCCCACUAAGUUUUUAAUCCUCUGUAAAUUUGUAAAUCCUACAAUUGGUCCCCAUAUCUAAAUCACUAAUGUAGGUUUUGAAAAGCUGAGGUGCAAGCAUUGAACUGUGUAACAUCCCACUUGUCACAGUCCACUGACCUGAGAAUGACCCAGUUAUGGCUACUGUCUGCUUUCUGCCUGUUAACUCAAGCCUCAAUCCAUGCCGGCAUUUUACAUUUCAUCCCAUAUGCUUUCAUUUUGUUUACAAAAUGUAAUACUUGUUUUUAAGGGAAAUAUUAUUUUUCAGUGCUCGGGGUAGGGAAUACAGCUAUUUGUAUGUCACUUUGUAUCCCCGAACCUGCUCAAUGAAUUAUGUGGUACUAUUGGAUUCAGAGUACCCAGAUGACUUCAGUGAAAUGCUAAUUUGAUGAUGUGAAAUCUACCGUUGUUUGAUAGAAUAACGUUUAUUUGUUUUGUAAUAUAAAGUGCAUUUAUGAACUCAA